AUGUCAUUUACUAAUCAAAAAGAUGAAGUUACAAUUUACAACAAGAUGACUACACCUGAAACAUUUGCAUCAAGUAAUCGUCCUAAAAGUACUGUGAAUAUUGAAGGUAUAAAAUUAUUAACUAAGAUUUUAGUAGAUAACAAACAAGGUUUGAAAGAUGACUUGAACUAUGACAUAAACACAGUAGACAAUAAUAAUAACAUCAAAUCAGAAAAAGAGCUUCUUAAAAAAGAUAUUGCCUUAAAUAAUGGUAUUAUAUCUUCUCAGAAAAAUAAAAUACUGAACGAAGCUGCACGUAACACUGUAUAUAUUUCGAAGGGAGCUAGAGCUAACGCUGAAAGAGUAAGAAGUUAUUUAGAUUAUUUUUAUGCAAUUUUAGAAAGAAACAUGACCAUUCGAAAUGAUGGAAGACACAAACAUGAAAACAUCGAAGGUAUCUAUAACCCUUUACAACUGAUAAGGAACAGAAAAAUUAGGAAAAAAUAUGAUGAAUCACCACCUAGGGUUAUGUUUGUUUCUAGAUCUCCUAUUAUUGCUAUAAAAAAAUUUUCAUCUAAGCCAAAUAGAAAGUUUCCAUGGUAUGUAGAUAUUAGUGAACGAGCUAGUGAUUUAAGUUGGAGAACAGCGCAUUGGAACGAGUUAAUAGGCCCUGAUGGCGAGCCAUGGGUGAAGCUUCCUAAUAGUAAUCAUAAAUAUAAACAUAUCAAACAUUUUAGAACCCACUCUGGUCACAAUCAUAUUAGCACGGCGUCUUUUAAAAAACCAUCAUUAGUAACACAUGAUUCUUAUGGUACUUCUUCAAAAGCAACCGAGGAAGAUAUUAAUGGGGACAAAUUGCAGCAUAACUUAAAUGCGAAUCUGAGCCCUGACAUGCAUGAUUCAGUUUCGGACCUUUCAGAUGAGCAAAAGGAGGAAUCCACACAGUCAGAAAGAGGAAGAGUUAAAAAAUUGGGAAAAAUGAUAGAGAAAUCAAAACAAUGGUCUAAGUCACCAACAUUUAAAAGAAAAACAAUGCAUCUAUGGAAAAUCUUACUGCAAAUCAUCUUAGAACGCCUUACAAAAGGUUCAAGUAACAUUAGUUUGAAUGAAUCUGUAUUGGAAAGUUCACAAAGCACACAGAAUUCAAUUAAUUGCAACAAUACGAGUCCUGAACAGAGGUCAAAUAAUUUACAAAACGUACCCAUAAAAACUAUAAGAAAUAAAAAUGAGAAGGAAACGUUAAGUAAAUCCUCAGUUAACAGUCAGAGUAAUAGUUUAAACGUUCCCAUGUCUAGUUCUCGUUCAUCUAAAAUACCUAAAAAUACUAAUAUGACUGUCUCAGAUUCAUAUCCACAUAAAGAGUUAAUACUUGACAUGCAAUUGCAAAGAUAUCAAAAAGAUAUCCGUUAUAUUAAAGCAACAAUUGGAAUUAUGCAAAAUAGAAUACAAACCCAUAAAAAGUUCAAGAGCUGUCAAUUAAAAAAGCGUAUCGCUACCUUGAAUGUUGAUGAUGAUUCAAAUGCCAUUGGUAUGGCUAAUGAUAUAUUGAAUAUCUAUAACAAAAAGUUAGACGAAGUUUUGAAAGAAGGGAAUGAUUGGAACUCAAAAUGGAUCAAUGAUUAUUCCAUAAGAGUCGAGACACUUAUUUCAAGCAUAGACAGAAUAAUGACAGAUGUCAAUACAACUCUAACAUUAAAAUUAAAAUUAUUUCAAGAAUCAGCUGAAAAACAUGUCAGUUUAAGAAAUUUGAGAGCCAGAAAGUUUUCAAAAAUUGGAUACAAAUUACUAGAAUUAUUUAUUGUGUUAUUUUUAUGGUCCAUCUGGUUCAUUGUUAUGAUAUUUAGAAAUAUCAGGUUUGCUUUCUUUUUAUUAUUAAAUGUAAUAAAAUGGUUAUUGUGGUAA